CGUAUCGAAAAAGACGAAGCUGUUCAGCUAGAUUCCAUUCCUGUUCUAGCACAUCAUUAUUGGAGCCUGGUUUUUUCGCUUGUAAAAGAGAUCAAAAUGCCCAGGAAGCAUGGCAAGCAUGGAAGGUCGCGACGACACCCUCGUUUCGUUCGUGAAUCUCUGACAACGAUUAAAAAUUACGGAUCGGAUGUGGAAGACCCUAGGGAAACUGAUUCUGAAUUUAUCGAAGAAAAGCCUUUGGAGCAUGAAACGGAAUUCCCACCAAUUAUUCGUCCGGGUGGCGGAUCGCAUUUGACGUCCGUCAAUUUUCCGGAAGCGACGAAACCAGGAGAAUCAAAUGACAUUACAUCUACUACGACGACCUCAACAACCACGACUACAACAUCGACUACGACUACGACCACAACCACUACAACUACAACCACGACAACUACGACCACAACUACAACCACAACUACGACGACAACAACAACCACAACCCCCGAACCACGGCUGCUGUCCCACUGUAAUGAAUUCAUCAGGGCAGAUGCGGGCACGAUUUGGAGUGCGGACUACCUGACCAACUAUGGGGACGACGUGAAGGAGACGUGGUGUAUCCUGGCCCCCAGCACAUGCCCGCUUGUCUUCACGUUCCAGGAUAUUCAUCUGCUGGUAUCAACGGAAUGUUGGUCGGAAAGCGUCACGUUCUACGAUGGUGGUUUUGACACUCUUUAUCCGAAGCUUGCAACAGUAUGCAAAAAUGAAACAGUUACAAGCAAGUUGGGCAGCGUUUACAUGGUGUACAGGAGCAGGAACGUCUCCCAGGCCCAGCGUGGAUUCAAGGCAGCCUUUGCGACGAUAAACUGCCAGAAGUAUCAUUACACAGCAAAGAAGGUCCCGGUUACGGUAAACCCCAAACCAAACCUCACGACCGAGGAGUGGUUUCUGAAGACUAUCACGGGACGCGUACAUGUAAUAUUCACUAUUUUUGAGUUAAGUGGCUGCUGCGACUGCGAACAUCUUGAGGUGUACGACGGCACAAGCAGAUAUGCACCGUCUCUGGGAAAGUACUGUGGUACUAAGGUAGCCCUGGAGUUCAGGUCCACUUGGGACUAUAUUUACCUGUACUAUUAUUCGGACGGCAGUGAAUGGAACACUCGGCGAUUUCAAUUCAUAUUUGAAUCAUUCGACUGAAUGACCAUGUAUCGAGCGUUCCUUCAAGACUUCUUUACGAUACAGGCCUAGGACUCCUAUUCGGAUUUCUUCCGUGCAUCUCACGUCUUCGUGCUUUUUGAGCGAGCUUAACCCAAUAUUACAAGUUGUUAUUACGCGGGAAGAGCGAAAUAAACUGCU